AGGCCGUAUGCCCCUGCAGAUAAUAAUAAACACAGAUGAUAACCGUCCUCAGUCCGCGUUGAUAACGCCAAUCGAGACCGUUGUUGUUCUGUGGACUGUUUGGAUACGAUCCUAAUUUUCGAAUACAUCGGCAAGUGACAUUAUUCAAUUAUUGUUUAGUGCUGUGAAACGAAGAACGCUGAAAACAAAGACAACUGACAAGACGCUCUGGACAAUGAUCGACAACGGAUGUGUUGCAACGUCUCACCGGUUGUCGAAUUAUAAAAGCUCCUCAAUCACCAAAUUCUUGCUGGCUCACCAGUGAGUAGUAGUGGUUAGCGGUGGUGUGUCUUUCUAACCGAUAGCCAUCAGCUCCAAAGAGAUGUCGCCCCGCAGCACCAACUGCUUGUUCAUGUUGGUGGUCAACGUUUGUCUGUACAUGAGCGUUGUAUGUUUCUUUUCAUCAUCCAGUUCAAUCGUCAAUAGCCGCAUCGACAAUAGUUGGCUCAAUGAGUUAAAAGGGAAUAUUGAUGAGACAAACAGCACAGUAGAAAUCGUUGAUAAAUUUAAUAAUUAUCAAAUAUACCCCCGUAUUAUCAGUAUUGUCUCAAAGGAUUAUUUUAAAUUUUUUAAGGUAAAUCUACGAAGAACUUGUCCAUUUUGGUCAGAUGACAGCAAAUGUGCUAUGAGAUAUUGUCAAGUUGAAUCCUGCCAGUUGGACGAUUUACCCAUAGGUCUGAAAGGUAGUCGUCAUAAUUUGGUAGAUGAAGAUAUGUCAAUUAAGUAUAUGGAAGGGCCGCAACAACAAGAGUGUGAAGAAGCAAUGCAAGACGAAUUAGGUUACAUUAACACAACUAUAAGUGCUUCAGCUAUGGAGGAUUUUGCUCUCUGGCAAGCCCAUGACGAUAUACAAGACAUGUACUGUACGCUGCCUGACGAUGAUGGUGAAGCUGAGUAUGUUGACCUAUCUCUAAACCCUGAACGAUACACUGGAUACAAAGGGCCUUCUGCUAAUCGCGUUUGGAAUACAAUUUACAUGGAAAACUGUUUCAGGCCAAAAAAUUUAUUUGAAGUCUACAUUAUAUCAGCAAAAUUAACUGGAAUGUGUUUAGAGAAACGAGCAUUUUAUCGAGCUAUUUCUGGUCUUCAUACAAGUAUUAAUAUUCAUCUUAGUGCUCAAUAUCUAUUAUCAGAUAAAGGAUCAACAUUCUUGAAUCCAUGUGGAACUGGCUUCUGGGGUCCAAAUGCUGAAGAAUUUGAACGUAAGUUUGGUCCAAAAUACACUAAAGGUGAAGGUACACAAUGGCUAAGAAAUUUGUAUUUCUUGUAUCUUGUUGAACUGAGAGCAUUACAAAAAGCUGCACCUUUACUUGAGCAAGUAGAGUACUAUACAGGAAACGAUAAAGAAGAUGAAACCACUCGACUUGCUGUCCAUAAUUUCUUAGGAAUUAUCAAAAAAUUCCCACAACAAUUUAAUGAGCAUACCAUGUUUUUGGGUGGACAACAAGCACAAAAAUUAAAAGAAGAGUUUCGUCUUCAUUUUCGUAAUGUUUCAACCAUUAUGGAUUGUGUUGGGUGUGAUAAAUGCAGACUAUGGGGAAAACUGCAAAUACAAGGAUUAGGAACAGCGCUGAAAAUAUUAUUUUCAAACAAAGCGAGGACAAAUGGAUAUAAUGAAUUAUCUACCACUGUCAACAAGCAUACAUUGCAAUUAGAGCGUAGUGAAAUUGUUGCUCUUUUUAAUGCAUUUGGAAGGUUAUCAACAAGUAUAUAUGAAAUAGAAAAAUUUCGGAAACUCUUGAGGUAAACAAGUUGAAAUUGUACAAGAAAAACAUCACAACUCAAUUUGAUUUACUACAGAAUAAUACAUUGUUAUCACUACAUUCCUUCCUCACUUCUCUUUUAUAAGUUUUAAAUAACUGUAAGUACGUAAUCUGUUAAUAAUUUUAUAUUAAACCAUCAAGUAGAUAAACAUUUAACUGAAUUUACAGAUAAAAAGUCUCUUGGUGCAUUUUAUUUAUUUUAAAUGUGUUCUUUUUCUGGAUAACUAAGUUGAAAUACUGUCAGUCAUAAAAAAAUAUCUUUUUUAAAAGCUCUCUACGUAGGAACGCAUAAAAUGUUCUAUUAAUUAAUUAAAGAAUACUAAUGUUGGUUUUACAAACACUGUUUAGUUAAAUUUUUCUAUAGUCUAGUUUUUUUAGAGUAUUUGCUUUUUUUUCAUAUAUCUGUUUUUUGUUUUAUAUCUAAAAUGGUAAAUUUAUGUCUAUACAAUUGUUGUUAUUUAUAUUUUGUACCUGGUUUUUAUGUUAUUUUAUUUAUUGUGUUUCUUUAAUCUCAAACUUUAAUUUACAAGUUACAUCAACUAUAGUAUACGCAUGCACAAAUUAUUUUUAUAUGUAUAGUAAUGGUGCGAGGUCGUGUGUAAUUUUUAAGAUAGAACAUAACAUUAUGAUGUUUUUCAUUCUAAAAAUAAUUUUUAAAACUACUGAGAGCUCAAAAUGAGGCUUUUACAUAAUUAACAUAUUUAUAUUUGACAAAAUAGAAUAUGGUUUAUGUAAAAAUAUAGUGGCUUCUGUGAUAUGGUAUGGAAGGUCUGAACAAAUUACUCAUAAUAAUGUAUUAUGUUUAGUCUAAAUUUGUGUAGAAUUUGUGUGUUAUUAAUUUAUGUAUGUAUGUAUGUGUUAUGUAUCUAUGUAUGUAUUUAUUUAUUUAUUUAUUGUAUUUAAUAUUUUAUACAAUUAAAUCUAUUAUCCAUGUAAUAAUAUAUCAGAUGGCUAACUGAUACCUACUGUUAUAAA